UUUGAUAUAAAAGCUCGUUUCCGCCUUGGCGUCCAUUUCAUGUUUACUCGUCAAGCAAGUUGUCGUCGCCUUGUUUUUCUCUGAGGAUUAAAACUAGAAACUUUUUUUUAUUGACUUGUGCACUUGUGACAUUUAAUGAUGAACUUGCUUUUCUUCUUUCUCCUAGUUGUACAAACACACAGCGUGACGCCUGUGAUUCAUUCACUCAAGUAUUUCACCACUGCAUCCUCUCAAGUUCCAAACUUCCCAGAGUUUGUGGAGGUUGGUUAUGUUGAUGAAGUUGAGAUUAGUUACUAUGACAACAACAUCAGGAAAACAGAAUCCAAACAGGACUGGAUGAACAAAAUCACAGCAGAGGAUCCAAACUACUGGCAGAGACAAACAGAGAAGAAUGUUGUUAAAGAACAUGUCUCCAAAGUCAACAUUGAAAAAGCCAUGAAGCGUUUCAACCAAACUGGAGGUGUUCACACUUUCCAGAUGAUGUCAGGAUGUGAAUGGAAUGAUGAGACUGAUGAGGUUCAAGGUUGGGAGCAGUUCAGUUAUGAUGGAGAAGAUUUCAUAUCGUUGGACAUGAAAACAUGGACAUGGACUGCAGCAAAACAACAAGCUUUCCCCACCAAACUCAAGUGGGACCAAGAAAUACUUAGACUAGACUACAAUAAGUAUUAUUACACUGAGGAAUGUCCUUCUUACUUGAAGAAGUAUGUGGAGUAUGGGAAGAAGGUCCUAAUGAGAACAGAGCUUCCGGAGGUGUUCCUCCUCCAGAAGACGCCAUCCUCUCCGGUCAGCUGCAUGGCGACAGGUUUCUACCCCGACCGAGCCGACUUGUUUUGGAGGAAAGACGGCGAGCAGAUCUUCGAGGACGUGGAGCACGGAGAGCUGCUCCCCAACCCCGACGGAACCUUCCAGAUGUCGGUGGAGCUGAAAGUGGAGGUGACGGCCGAGGUGGAGGGCAAGUACGAAUGUGUGUUCCAGCUGUCUGGCGUCGAGGAGGACCUGGUCACCAAGCUGGAGAGAAGAAGCAUCCUGAGCAACGCAAGCCAUGAAGGCAACGUGAGCCUCACUGCCACGCUGGCGGUCCUCGCUGUGGUGGUCCUCUUGAUCAUCAUCAUCAUCUUCAUCAUCAAGCGUCGCCGAAGCAGACAAGCCGAAUACGAUCCAGCUGCCUAUGGCGCCACCAUGCACUCCGGUGGGCCAGCAGACACCACCAUGCACUCCGGUGGGCCAGCAGAGGGCGCCACCAUGCACUACGGUGGACCAGCAGACGCCACCAUGCACUCCGGUGGGCCAGCAGAGGGCGCCACCACCAUGCACUCCGGUGGGCCAGCAGACGCCACCAUGCACUCCGCUGGACCAGCAGACGCCACCAUGCACUCCGGUGGGCCAGCAGCCACCACCUUGCACUCCGGUGGGCCAGCAGACGGCGCCACCACCAUCCUCUCUGGUGGGCCAGCAGCAGAGGGCGCCACCACCAUCCUCUCCAGUGGGCCAGCAGCAGAGGGCACCACCAUCCUCUCCGGUGGGCCAGCAGCAGAGGGCGCCACCAUCCUCUCCGGUGGGCCAGCAGCAGAGGGCGCCACCACCAUCCUCUCCGGUGAGCCAGCAGCAGAGGGCGCCACCAUCCUCUCCGGUGGGCCAGCAGCAGAGGACGCCACCACCAUCCUCUCCAGUGGGCCAGCAGCAGAGGGUGCCACCAUCCUCUCCGGUGGGCCAGCAGCAGAGGGCGCCAACAUCCUCUCCGGUGGGCCAGCAGCAGAGGGCGCCACCAUCCUCUCCGGUGGGCCAGCAGCAGAGGGCGCCACCAUCCUCUUCGGUGGGCCAGCAGCAGAGGGCGCCACCAUCCUCUCCGGUGGGCCAGCAGAGGGUGACACCAUACUCUUGUCGGCCACAGAUGUGGUUGUUUCACAUGCGACCGCCUCGCCAAUUGUGGCGGCGUUGAACUCGCCAUCGCCACCUGACUCUUCCCCGCUGGUUGCGGGGACACUUGGCCUGGCGGCCCACCUCCUUGUCCUCCCGCUACACUCCCGUGACUUUGGACUGUUUUUUUGUGGGGGGGGGGAGGGUUUCUAGAACGUCUGGUAUCCGUUAUGGGAAGGGGGGCUACUGUCAGGCUUGCCCCUGACAGUUUGGUUGUGUUUUAGUUUUUCCUCUGUGUUUGUUGUAUUUCCUGUCAGCGCUCUUGUUUUGGUUCUGUUUCCUGUUUGUCUCCCUGAGUGCUGUGUCCCCUCAGCUGUGGCUGAUUGGCACCUGGCCACACCUGGUGUCAAUCAGCCAGCUGCUAUUUGAACCUGCCUUCCCAUCCAGUCUGUGCUGGAUUAUUGUCAUUUCUACUUGUCGUUCCUACCUGUCGUGUCGAUGUCAGUGUAGCUGUAUGCAGUAGCGGUAAGCUACAGUAUAUUCUGUAGCUGUUUGUAGCUUACUGUCUUUUUGUUCCUAGUCCCUGUUUGCUCGAUCCCUGUUCCCUGUUUCCAGUUUGUCCUCCUAGUUCCUGGUUUGUGUUUUUUGUCUUUAUUUCAUGGACAUUAAAUCAUGUUUUCCCGCACAAU